UCCUCUGCUUCUCCCUCUUUCUUCGCACUUCACUCACUCACACCCGAGUCUCACACACUCCUCCCGCUAGCUACACUCUUGCGACGCGCAGCCCGUGAUCAGCUUCACACUUCCACGCGUGUUUCACUGAGCGCCGCCGGAAACAAUGGGAACGGAGCCGCUUUGUGUCGGACAGAGACUGACGCGCUCCUCUGUGUUUGUUUAGGACUUUCUGCUGAUAGACUCAUAUAUUCUGGACCUCAUUAUCAAGCUUUAACACAAUGGGCUGCUGCAGCGGACGGUGCACCCUUAUAUUUCUGUGCACGUUUCAGUUGAUGGUGGCUUUAGAAAGGCAGGUGUUUGAUUUCUUGGGCUACCAGUGGGCUCCUAUCCUUGCAAACUUCUUCCACAUCCUGGUUGUCAUCCUGGGUCUGUUUGGCACCAUUCAAUACAGACCUCGCUACAUUGUGGUGUAUAUUGUGUGGACAGCGCUGUGGGUGGCCUGGAAUGUCUUUAUCAUCUGCUUCUACCUGGAGGUUGGAGGUCUAUCAAAGGACAGCGAUCUCUUGACCUUUAACAUCUCGGCACACCACUCCUGGUGGAGCGAGCACGGGCCAGGCUGUGUCCGAAGAGAGAUCCCCGCUAGCGCAGACCGCAGUGCAGACGCACAGUCCUAUAUAUCCAUCAUGGGCUGCCUGCUGGAGUACCAGUACAUUGAAGUCCUGCACAGCGGCUUCCAAAUCCUUAUCUCUCUGCUGGGUUUCAUCUACGCCUGCUACGUCAUCAGUGUCAUCACAGAGGAGGAGGACAGCUUUGAUUUUAUUGGUGGAUUUGACCCAUUCCCACUCUACCAUGUCAAUGAGAAACCAUCUCAUCUUCUGUUAAAGCCCGUGCAUCAGUCUUCGUAAAUGAAAGAGUCUCGUGAAGAAGAGCCGCUCUGCCCAUUCCUCCUCUCAGCUCCUCACUUCCUGCCUCUCCUCUGUUUAAAACGCCUCCUAAUCGUCCUAAAUCAGCCCCUUCUGGAGUAUUGGAGAACUGGCUCUCUGAUUCCCAGCUCUGGACAAAACACAGUCUCUCCAUCAGACGCUCUGGCACAUUGUUCCAGCUGGCUCAUUUAGACACUCUUACACAAGUGGCUGUAAAACAUAUCUAAACAAAAAAGUCCAGUAUUAUGUUGGUGCGGUGUGUGGUCCAUGUGUUUGAGUUAUUCAAGGGGAGUUCAAGGCAGAUGUUGAGGUUCACCGAGUUCCAGCUCUGUUUGUGUGUGUGUGUUUGUGUGUGAGGAGGGCCAUUGUAUGCUGUUUACCUUCACACAGGAUCUGCACAGUAAAUCCGAGGAGGGAGCCGUGAGGAGGAAAACGGGCGCGGCCCAAAAAAUAAGACAAAGCAAGCUGACCUCCUGUGGCAGUCAAAAAUAGAAGCAAAGGAAGCGUAAAAUAUAAAUACAAGACACAAUUAGAGCUUUUCUGAGUUGUUUUAAGUCAUAGUGUGAUGUACAAUUCUCAUGAUUCAGUUUUAGUCUUUUUUUCUAGUUUAAAGUCUUGAUUUAUAUGCAGUGAACCUAAAAUCACUGUACUUAGAUACUCAAAUCAUACUAAAUAAUGUAUAAAAGUCAUUACAUUAGAUCAAAUAUACAUUUGGCUGAAAAAUCACACGUGAGAAGUGGUUUAUUUGUUUUCAAAUGCAUAUUCGUUUCAUAUUUGCAUCUAAUGCAAUGAAAAUUGUUCAUUUUAAGUGUGACUCGAGAGUUUUGGGGUCACUGUGCAUGCUGUCAGUAUUUUUAAUGUUAAUAAUCAUCUAUUAUUGCACAAUCUGUUUGCAUUAAAACUAUUUUGGGCUUCCUCUGGUAGUCGGUUAGUAGGGGUCGACCGAUAUGUGUUUUUCAGGGCCGAUGCCGAUACCGAUUAUUACAGAUCAAAUGCACCGAUAAACGAUAUUUUGAACCGAUAUGUGUCAAAAUACAAAUGUCACAUUUUUUGUCAACACAGUAGCUUAGGAAAAGCUGAAAACAAAAAUUACAUUUGCCAUUUAAAAUUAUAAGCAAAAGAACAAAUCCGUUGGCUUGUAGCCAUGACGAAAUUAAAUAACUUUUAACGAAAAAAUGUCCCGACGUCGAUUUCAGCGUCUCUCCCACAAAGGAAAAUAUAUAUAAAUACAACAACAAGUAGUAAUAGACUAAAUGAUAGAUGUCGGUUUCUUAACAGUAAACUGACCAUUUUCUAGUCCAAGCUGAACGUCCUUCAAGGACAGCGCAUCCACACUUUGCUCGGCCAUGUGCCAUCCUCUGUCUGUACAGCCCGCUCUGAUGACCGUUAUGCAAAUCCUGCGUGCACAGACCUUGCCAAUAAAAUGCGCCGCAGUCCAUGCGUGCAUAACAGUCAUGAGCGCAGGCCGUACAGGUGCUCUAUAAGAAUGAGUAAAGCCAAAGACUAAAGGACAGACAUGCUGUUCAGAAAGGACGUCGGGAAAAGGAGAUUAUUACACCGCCUGCUCCCGUCCAAAUUACACCAGAGUUACCGACCGCUACCGCGUUUUGUUUGUAAAUUUAUUCCCGCGUCGCAAAAAAUCUGGUCGAGUCCCGCGGGAAUGCAGACCUCUAGUAUACGGUCCUACUUUUGAUUAAUUCAUCCAAACUUUGAUGACUCAUCCAAACUUUGAAAAAUUCCGUGGCAUUUAGUGUUAACAGUAUACAGUACAUUCCAUUUAUAUGACUGGAUUCCGCGAUUCCGUCCGUGUUUUCCGCAUCCGGGAAAUCAAGAUAACAUUGAGGUGUUUUUGCAACUUCACCGUAAAGGAUUGUGAAUUACUAAAACACAAUCAACUUCUGCUGCUGACAUACCUUUGAGAGACAAGUGAUUACUGCCGCACGCUGCACGCAGCUCCAGCAAGCGCGUUCUGUCUGUUUCUUCACUUCCUUCAGCCUUGGAGUUGAUUGGUCGGACUCGCGACUUCCAACAAAUCUGAUGCGCGGUGGGCGGAGACUGCUCUAGGGCACAGAGUGGUGAGCUCUGACAGGCUGCGUCGGAGCCAAAGAGCGCAUUUCGAAAAUAAAUUAUUUUUAUCGGCAAAUCGGUUUUGAAAAUAACCGAUUCCGAUAAUCGUGAAAAUGCUUAAUAUCGGCGCCAAUAAUCGGUAGGGCCGAUAAUCGGUCGACCUCUAUCGGUUAGUACUGGCAGUACAAUUACAUAACCUCAUACUGUUUUCAUAAUUAAUACUACAGUAGGACUGGCUGAUAUUAUGAAACAGAAACGGUUCUUUCAUCUAAACGGUGCUUGUAAUCAACUAUUAGUUUGUGAACAAAUCGUCAGCAUGUCUUUUUAUGAAUAUGAGUAACGGUUGAGUGGCUGUCAAUGUCUUUCACUGUAGAUGCAGAGCUACUGUAACUGUUUACUGAAAACAUAAACCUCAAAGCACAAAUGACUGACCUGACAUGUAUCGUAGUGUGUAUGACAUGUUUUGAAGAGACGGACUGUGUAUUUCUUUUCGAAUUGAGAUGUGAAGGCCAAAGGUCAGUAUGUAUUUUCUAACUUUCAUAGUUGCUUGUAAUCCCAGCUGUUUCAUAUCAUAAGACUUGUGUACUGUAUUGUCAGCAUUUUGAGUGCUUGUGGUCUGGCGGUAAAGAAACCGGGCAUGUUGUGCUCUUAAAGGAAUAGUUCACCCUUGCUCUUGCCUAUAUGUCAUUGUUUUUACAGUUAUUAAAGUAUGCAAAAAGGUCUAACAAAGCAUAAAAGUGGUCACUCUUAAAGUUUCCAUGAAAUUAAAAUGGAAUUUUUUGGCUUUUAGUAUAAAUAUGUUAACUUUAAGAUCAUCUAUAAGCUACUGUGCUCCAAAACAACAACAAAAUUCGCAUUUCGAAGACAUAAACAUUCAAAACUUAACAUCUCUAACUUCCGCCAAUAUGAAUCAACGAUUUUGAUGAUGUCACCCUGCACUUCAGUUUCUCAUCAAACGUUCUGUCCAAUCAAAUGCUGUCUAGCAUCGGAAGCGUCCCGCCCCCUAGACUAUAAAUAGAAGGUGAAGCUCCAGCAGAGUCGGUCUCGUACACAAAAUUGGUAUUUUCUCUACCGUUUAUGGCACGUAGUGCACUAUAUAGGGGAUAGGGAAUGAUUCACAGUCUACAUAUGCUUUCUAUUUGGGGUGAAAGAAGUUUGGUUUCGCGUUGUGUUAAUACAACUUUAUUUUUCCCGUAAGAGUGGGCGUGGUCAUUUUGUAUGGUUCUGGCUUCCGGUCUCAUCCACAUCCGGAUAUUUUUAGCUGUACAAAACUCGUUUCGUUGCUUGAAUUUGCAAAUUGGUGUCUAACUAUAUUAUUUUAAUGUAUUGUUUUAUUUUAAACACACUGGUUUGUAGUGCAAACAGUUUUACCAUGUACUGCGCAUUGUUAUUCAUCUCGUUAUGCGGCUAAUGAACCGGAAGUCUCGCUCAUAGGCUUACCUUCACGUUGAAGAAUAAGGUGGAUGCAGUGUUGCCAGAUCGGGUUGACGAUUUUCAGCCCAAAAGCUCACUAAAACCUGCCCACUUCAACAAAAACCAGACUGAAAUUUUAACUGCCAAAAUAAUGUGGUAGAAAAAGUGAAAUAAAAGCAAAGAAAAAGCAGCUGGUUGGGUGGCUUUUAAUUUUUUAAAAGCUGCCCAAAUUUUGUCUACCCACCCAAAGUGUUUUUCUCUGGUCCAAGCCGAUCAAAAAAAGCCCAAUUGGGCGGCAACCCGCCCAAUCUGGCAACACUGGGUGGAUGAUGAUAUGAGGGUGAGUAAAUGCUAAAUAACUUUUUUUUCUGGUGAACUACUCCUUUAAACAUUAUAAGGGUUCAGGAAAGGUUUUAGCAAAUCUAUUAACUAACUGGCAAAAACUAACAUGUUCAGCUUAAUAUUAGCUUACAGUUAUCUUGUACAAUAUUCUGUUAAAUCCUCAUAUUGGUCACGAAUCUCUUCUGCCCCCUAGUGUUCAGUGUCUUUCUGUACAUUUCAACAGGAAAACUGCAUUUUGUAUCAUCUGAAAAUACUCAUGUACAUUUGUAAUUGUAGCGUUUAGGAUAUUCAACAAUGAUAGUCUGCUGCAUAAGUGUUAUGAGGAGAAAAAGAAUGAUAUAGAUUUAUAUCACACCUCCCUUUGUCUUUAUCGCUCUCUUUUUACAGGUGUUUUUUGUAAGCACUUUUUGUAUCUCUUUCCUGUGUUUGGUCUCUUCUCCAUAGUUCUUCAUUGACUGCCUGUCCAUCAACACGUGUUUGCUGACCAGAGUGUAAAUAGAUGUUUGUUAAUAAAAGUAUGCUUUUCAUC